CCCCGGUGCACUUUUUUUAUCGAAGAGGAGAACGAACGUGGUCGAGCAGUCUCUGCUUUGCGUUCGCCACAAGAACGAAGAAAGAGACAGUUUACUUUUAUUUCCUGCUUCUACGACGCCUAUACCUACAUCUCGAAACGAAAACGUAAACGAUCUUUCGGCUGUGCCACAAUUUUUCUUUCCGCCCAAACUGGCUUUUCCUUUUGUAUUUGAAUCCAACGACCUCGACCUACUAUUACUGAUUGCGAGGACAUCAAAGAGAAAGCAAUCCUUGUUCGUUGAAGAGGCACUGGCACAUCAAAACAAGCGGGACAGUCCUGAACGGCGAACACCACAGUAGCGCCGAACAGAGAUCGAAAGAGGCCAAAAAAUCGACCAAGAAGGGGACGAAAAUGGCGAGCUACAAACGGCAGGGACCACGAGAUUUGCAGAGGAGUAUGCAUCUUGGUGCCUUGGCGGAGCAGCAUCUUCGCAGUGUGCUGAAGCAGCGAGGGCAUCAUCGGAGUCGUGCCUGCAGCCGGACAAUAACGCCGCUUCGCACAAAAAGCGUCAAACGGAAAAAGGGCCAAGAUAUGGCCGUCUUUCACGACUUCGUUUAGCAGGGCGCAAGGGACGGGUCUCGGAACCCAAACCGAUUUCGUGUAGUUCUAGACGGGAAAAUUUAUCCGGCUUCGCACGCCUGCAACUCUAGCGACUCCCGUACUUGACUCUCAGCGACUCCCCAAAAAAGCGACCGAACUCGUUUUUCCGAGUUUUCUCGAAAGUAAGCGACGACAUAAUGCUGGGACGACACGACAGCGACAAAAUAGGUACUUGAGAUUCUUCGUGUAAUUGGAUGCUGUUCGUGUACUAGUCGUCUUACAAGUUUUGCAGUCUUUCGUUCAUCUUCUAGUUUAGUGGCUUUGUCUUUGCUGCUCUAACCAUGCAUGUGUAUCCUACAUGAACAUGGCCUGCUCGUCAAUUUGCCUCGAGUUAAGAACCUUACUGAAGAUAGAUAGCUGUGCUUCUGAUAUCUAUCGCCACCGCGCCGGACGAGGAUCAAUUUGAAUAAACGAAACUACGACUACGAGCUUGCUAAGCGCGAUUUCACUUGUACACAGCACUUCCGCGGCAGCCGCGGCGCGAUCGGCGAAGCAGCAGCUUUUACGUACUCACCAGCGCAGGGCGGUCGAGCUUCCACCACGCAUUUUCCGUGGCCACCGACCUCCUUGACCGCGCGGAGUGGUACUUUUCCGCCGGGCACAUCACGCAAUUCAUGCGCAACACGUACUCAACUGCAAGUGCGCGAUUAUUUUCAUCGGCCUCGCAGAACCAGAAUGUAUCUUCGGUGCAGGAGCACGGCCUCCACACCCCAGAUUUAGUACACGAAGAACAAGAUGAUCGCCUUCUGAGCGACGACAUCGAGAACAACCUGCGGCUGGAUCUUCGGGGACGACCCGAUGAACGAAGAUUCUGGAGUAGUACUCCUGCAGACAGAUCUGUCCGCCGGAACGGGCACCAUGGCAGUUGCUUUGCGACGGGCAACAAGACCGAGGAGCUGUGCGAGGCUUUGCUUCCGAAAGAACACAACGAAGAUAAUUCGUCGCUUCUGUACCGAAACGCAGAAGAAACAGAGCAGGGCACGCCGUCUUCGGCGCGGUCGUAUAUUUUUGGAGGAAGUACAACUGCCAAUUUUCAAAACAAAAAAUAUCGAGGGCGCGGCACUAACAUCCCAGAAGAUGUUUCAAGCAAAGGAGCGAGUGCGACGAGAAUCGGGAAUGCAUUUUUCCACAAUUCGCUGGAAAAGUCCAAGGCCUGGUUCGCGUCGAAGCUAUCGACGAUCCUUUCGUCGCCAUCUUCUCGCAGUGUAGCGCAGGCAGCCGCAGCAGCCGCUAACUCGGAAACGGAGAUCCGCAGAUUCGAUAGCCGCGCGUCUUUCUUUGGAGCAGGGGAAUCUGACAACUUCCAGCAGGAACAGGCGUUUGACCACCAGCAGUCGUUUCGCGCCGCUUCUCCCGGCAUCAUGUCACGAGGCAAUAAAUCAUUACUACCGUUUUCCUCUUCGGGACCACAGCAGCCCCCGCACAACCUUGUUGUCUCCGCCGGUCAACAGCCAUUACAAGGUGCAGCCGUCGCGACGAACCAAGAUACGAUCGAAGCAGCGGAAAUACAAAUAGCGACGAAGACCACGGACGAGGCGCGCGCCUCGCCACUGCGACUCAUUCCGCGGGACAAUUACAGUAAUGGCGCCAACAUCGUUCGCGAAAACCGGCCUAUGUACCUGCUAAACUCGGACACGUUUCACGUGCUGCUGGGUCUCACGGUGAAGGAGCUGGUGAGCGUGUUCUUCGCGACCUACAUCGGGCUCUGGGUCGUGUUCGCCGGGGCGAUCUAUUACCUGGUUCCCAACGACGCGUGCGGCCUGAACGUGUCCUGUUUUGUGGAUAUCCUGAGUAAAAACGUACCCACACCAGAGUCAGGAUGGGGAUUUUGCAACACAAACCUAGGAGUUUUGUGAGUCACGCAUGACAAGUUGCACUAUGCAGUGUAGUGCAGGCUAGCAAGUGCAGCCGCGUCACAGAUUCAUCUGCUCAUCCUGUUCACAGCAUCACAAAUUCCAAAGCACGACUGGAAAUGGCUCUCAUUGGGAUGCGCAUUACAAGUCUUCCUGUCUUUGCAAAUCUGCAUUACAACUCUGGUGUGGGUACGUUUUUACUCAGGAUAGUGGACGCCAUGUACUUGUCCCUCGAAACCCUGACCACGAUCGGGUACGGCGUUCCGGACCCCUACUUUAACCACUGCCCCCACAUGAUCUGUGUGCUGGUGUGCGCCCACCUGCUGAACCUGUUCUCGGCUUCCGCGGUGAUCGGCACGGUCCUCACCAAGAUCAGCAAGGGCCAGAAGCGCGCCGCCACGAUCAUGUUCUCUGACGUCGCCGUGGUGGAGCCGAUGGACGGAUAUCUGUAUUUCGCGUUUCAGCUCGGGGAACUGCGCAAGACGACCCUGAUCAAGACCAACGUGUCCUGCUUCCUCUUCAAGCACAACCACGCGUCGUGCACGAACCUGAACCGGCAAACGGAGGCACUGCUGAGGAAAACUGUCGCGAAGCAAGCGGAGCGGCUCGAGAAGAUGCGCGAGGACUGUCGGAAAAGUUUGGAGACCCGGGCCGCUUUGGAGGAUAGAAAAAGUAGAGAACGGGUGGAGGAAAACAACCACUACUACGCGUCCUCUGAACGCGAGCCGUCCCACCACGAGUUGCGCUUGAGAACCCCCGUAUUGUUGGCGACGCCCAAGACAAGAACAUCCGAGGUCGUCGCAAAAAGCUCGCAGUCGCAAGGCGUCGUGCAGCCUCUGGACGGCGAUGGUUUUUCCUAUGAAGUUGUAGAAGAACAACAGAACAAAACAAAGCUGGUAGACGACGUAGCAGCCGCCAGCAGUCAAGCUCUACCAACAGGAAGCGACCACGACCCCGAAGCACCCGGAGACCUUGCAGUUUCCGGCCACGACUGUGUCAUGGAGACCAAGGAGGCUGCAAGUGUGUCCACUAGCACCAACAUGCCGAAAAUGACCGUUGACAACAUGGAGCAGCAACUGAUUUCAGGUUGCUCAGCUGUUGCUUCUGCGGGGGCUGCAGAUUGCACCAGGUUUUGUUCGCCGGCGAGGAUGCCGGGCCAGGGUUAUAAAACCGCGGCAGCGGGUUUGUACGACGGCACGUCAUGCGAAGAAACUACUACCUUGAUCCCCCCGGAGGACGAUUUCGUGCUUCUUCCCGAGCUUGUUGAUGGCACGCCUGAGAAAUACAACUACACAUCAACUACUAUGCGCAACUGUUCGUUGCCACCCCGCACUGGUGCUGGAGGUCGCGCGCACGAUCCGGACAACCAGCGAAAGUCCGGGGCUUCCCUGUUUCCGAUUCGAAAAAAGCAGACCCAGGAAUCCUUCGCCACGGACGGACCGCUGGGAGAAGGAGACGAUGAACACGCGCGGUCGGACACACGGACGGUUGACGGCGAGGAUUCGUCGGAUGGAUACAUGCUGGAUGACGCUCUGUCUCUGACGCCCCGCGUUGUGGACAAUGAGCAAGACGUCGUCCCGGCUCUAGCAAACAGCCCCGCGCAGCCGUCGAACAAUGGUUGUCCGCCUGGAGGAGCAGGAGUAGGGGGGCAUGAGCACGUAGUCAAAGACGACAACAAUCCCAAUCGCUGCCCCGAGCCGCGCAGCUCCGGGGACGAGCGCACGUCGUCCCGAGACCGAGCAAACCUGGAGGCCGGCACGGCAGGCUGCACUACAGAGUCGCUGUUGCCAGGACAGCACCAGCCGCACGAUCGGAUGUUGAAUCAGUGUGCGACGUCGUCCAAUUGCAGUGUGUCCGACGGCCAGGGCAGUUUUUCACGGAUUUUGCCACUGACGGAAGAGUUUCUCUGGUUGUUCGCGGACACCUGUCCUUCGGCUCAGCGUGCGAAAAAGCCGAAGAAGGCGAUAGCUCCAGCUGCGUUAACGCCCGUUCGUCACCACUUUUCCUUCGCGGACCCCCUGCCAGAGCUCAAGGCACUCCCCACCCCGAGCCGUCCCAGCCGCGACCGCAAUCUGGAGCUUCCCGCCGUUGCCGGACUCGAGGUUGUUUCGCAGCGCCUGCUGAUGCGCGAGGCGGGGGCUGAAGCAGUGGGUACUACCGGGGAGGACGGUGGUCUUGCAGACGUGACGUCAGAAGUGAGGGCUUAUCAUGAAGUUGGUGAUUUCCUUACGUCAGACCAGCAGCAGGAACACGUAUUAUUAAACGACGCGGACCGUGAGACAGUCACCUCUGAAACUCCGGCGCUAGAAGUACCAGAACAGACAGCGCUUCCCGAUGGAGCAAUAGACGGUACGGGUGCGUCUGCUCGUCGUCCCGAGGCAGUACUAGCAGAGUCGGACGAAGAGGAACCGUUGUGCAAAGCAAAACGGCACCUCCAAACGGAGAUGACAUCGAGCGGGGAAGAACAAGGCCACGGAAACCGCGCAACAUCAAGCACCGAACUAGUGCCCCCGCCGCCACUGCUGCUAGACGUUGAAUCCGAGCAGGAGGAGGAAGAGGAGCGAUUUUUCUGGGAGUCGGCCAUCUUGGAGUCCACCCCCACCCACGUGGUGCUGGACAUUCGGGGACCGGAGAACGUCCCGGUUCGACUCCGACGCUCCAUACUGCACCGCGUGGUGGACCGUUUUUUGCAGCCCGCGCGCGAGGCCGAGGACGACCUGGAGAACCCGGAGCCCUUUGCGGGACUGGAAGAUGACCCUCCGGAGGAGGAAGAGGAAUAUCUGGUGAAAACGCCGCUGGCGGGCUGGGGCAGCGAAGAAAAAGUGUCAUCGGGGGGACAAACUUCCGUCGCUGAGCCCACGACCUCCACCCGGGAUGAAACCUCAAAUAACGUGAAAGCAGACCACGCACCGGAAACAAAGGUGAUCGGGAAAUCAAGUGCAAACACGGGGGAAGACCAAGACGAGCUCGACCGCACUUUCAUUAAGGCUACCAGUGUUGGGGGCUAUUCCCUGUCGUUGUACCCGCCACGCUCGCCGCAGUUUGGGUCCUGCGUCCCCGACCUCCCAGCGACGGCCAGCAGCGACGCAGGAAUCCUCACAAUUCGGCGCGCCGAGACGAACCAAGAAGCGGUUUGCUCCAGCGGCGAAGAGCCUUCGCCGUCCGCGACCCGCGGCGCUGAAGCUGUGAAGCGGCCCGCUGAAACCAGCUGCAGUGACGAACAUGUAACUGAGAUCGCAGGAGCGGCGCUUCGCCCCGAGCCGAUCAGCGUCUUGCACCUGCCACCGGUGAUAUUUUCUCCUAGGAACAAAGCUCCUGAAGAACUGCCACGGGUCCUUGACCCACCAACCAAGUUGUGCGAGAUCCACCCUCCGAUGCAUCUGGAAUCGCCUGCAGAAAAAUCCCCAAAUGAUCAGCUGAUGGCCACCAGUGCGGCCACGCCUGGCGUCAGGAAGCGCAAAUCCAACACCUCCCCACGGACCACUACGGGUUGUAACACCAACAGCCAGCGACAGGCGCAGAACAUCAAAGCCGUCAAGCAGAGCCCGCCGCCUCCCGAGGCGCCCGCGUUUUCUUUCCAGCAGUACCGAAUGCGGCUCCAGAACCCAAGCGACCGGGAGGGUGCACAGGUCGACUUGGACUUGCCACAGAAGAUCAUGCACCGCAUCGACCAGUGGAGCCCCCUGGUGCCGUCCGCAUACCGCGAAGCGAUGGCGCGCAUCGAGGACGCGUUCUUCUUCACGUGCGAUGACCAGCGAGACCCACAGCAGUCGCUUUUCACGGCACUGGGAUUGCCAUGCUGCUUUCCCUACGAGGAACCCGAGUUGUUAAUACCGCUGGACAAGAACUACGACCUCAGCCACACGUGUGUGGUCGGGCACCAAGCGGCCGCGCCUUCCGUAGUUCUGGCGCGAGGACACGACCAAGGUGGACAACAAGCCGACCAGGUCGCGGAGGCAGCGGUGGCGUCGAAUCCCUCUGAGCAGGGCCGUCAACUCACCCACGACUCGGGAUCGGCCCUGCCGCAAGACAGCGCGUCGAAUACGGUGGUCAAGGAGGAACCUUCGAACACGGAGCAUUUUGGUAAAACUGGGGCCACCUGCGUAUCGUUGCCUGACGGCUCCAUGCGUGCGCGCAGCUUAGAUACGGCGACGACGAGGGAACCCCAGGCGAGCAGAGCCUCCAAAGCGAGCGGGCCGAGCUGUCCUAGUGUCGGCCCCUCUACUGCGCCGGUCGUACCCCCGCAGAAAUCGCUGAACCCUCGUCCUGCGUCCGAACACGUCCACACACCCGCACUCACGAUCAAUACCGUGACAAGUCCAGCCUCGCACCAUCGACCGCAAAAUGUUUACCCGCCAAGCACGAGUAACUUUCUGCAAGGUCGUUUUGGAGGCACCACAACUGCAGGACUUACAAGCAGCUCAUCUACUUCGACGUAUCGCCGACUGCUGUCGCGGAAUCCGGGGGAGCACGAGAUUUCGCUACGUCAGGAGCUCGUCGGUAUGCGGCAGGUGGACGCGGAGAUGGGGAUGCGGUGCGGGAAGGUUUGUAACGUGUGCGGCGAGAAUUUGCUGACCGACCACGAGCUGUUUCUGCACUGCCUGCACAACUCGACCGACGCCGAGCGGCUGGAGGCCAAGCGGCGGUUUGUGGAUCACAAGCCGCAGUUCGCGACGCACGGCGGGCUGUUGCUGGUGCUCGAGUUUCGGCUGCGGCACGACAUUUGGAAAAGUGACGUCUUACUGGAGUACCUGAAGGACUACCUGUCCCUUCUAGCAAAAUCCGAGGAGGAAUUGCAAUGCAUUGAAGUCGCGGAAGCAGAAGAAGAACUACCUGCUCCCGGUAAAGAUGUGGCGGCCGCAGGACCUGGCUUCAAGUGCAGUGCUUUCGACAGGAACAAGGACAUUGUUGCUGAUGGGGCUCGUGCAGGUACUGGCUCUACGCUUGCCUGUCACGAUCACCGGCGGAGGCGAACAAGUCAAAGUGAUAUCCCUGGAGCAAUAACUACCACCAGUGCGAAGGCGCUUUCGGUUUCGCCCGCAUCCUGCAAUUACUUCGAAAUGGUGUGCAUUUUGGAAGGGGUCGAGCCUUUGACCAGCCACCCGAUUCAGGCCCGCUACUCGUACCUGCCGGAGGAAAUCGUUUUUGGGAAGAGCUUCGGGAGCUGUGUGCGCCAACAGCAAUCGGAUGAUGACCAAGGCUUGGUCAUCGAUUACUGCGAUUUUCAAGCCACUACCGGUACCGGUGCAGAGGUUUGAUGAGCACAGUGGUGAGUUGAGAUGAACGAGUAUCAGGAUCAACUUCAACAUACAAAACUAUACGCACGAAGCACAUGUUUAUUAUUUCGACUCGCAGUGGCAGUCGUGCACGUGCUCUGCCAUGCAUGUACUAGUUUCUCUACUUCUUCU